AUGGCUCAUGAUGCAGGCUUCCAGUCCGUGGAUGUUUCUGGAGACAGCCACUGGGCAACGAAACUUUCGCAGUUCAAGGUGGACCUGGAUGGCAUUGACACGACGAGUCUCUGCAAACCUUCCUGUGGGGCUCUCAUCGAUUCUGGUACGUCGCUCUUGACUUUCCCACGCUCUGCAAGCCACAUUACGGAUGCCUUGAAGCAGAAGGUGAAGAAAGAUUGCAGCAACUUGGAUCAAUUGCCGACCUUGUACUUCGAGCUGGACGGCGCAGAGGUGGUCCUCCCACCUCGGGCAUACAUUUUCAAGGUUCUGGACAACAAUGGCAACCCAUAUUGCAGAGGGGCCUUCAUGAAGGUGGAUAAGGAGUCACAAUUUGGAGAAGUCUUCAUUUUGGGCAUGCCGUUCUUGCGCUACUAUUUCACGGUUUUCGACCGGCAGAACAAACAAGUCCACAUCGCGAGAUCGACCGAAGACUGCCAGGUCGCACAUCACAUGUCCCUGUUGGCUACAAAUGCGACCGCUUCGGGCCGUUCCGGACGACAUGGCUUCGGGUCUGCUGAUUUCCAGGAGGCGACUCCUGCAGACCUGGAUGAUGUGAUUUCGCCAUCCUGGGUCAGCGCUGAAGGGCAGUAUAUACACCUCUGA